GACAUAAGUGUGAGUCCAGAGUAGACCCUUCCAGCUCCUCAGUCAUGUUGCGUCCGGCGGUCCUCGGCGUCCUCCUGGCAUGUGCUGUGUCUCUCAGCAGCUCUGCAACGAUUCUAGAGAAUGGCAUGCCUGUCCUCUGGGUUCACACGGCGGGCCAAAUGACUGACCUGCCGGUACAGAAUGACGUCCUGACGCCCGACCCCUGGCACUACCUCCACCGCAUGAGUCUUUACCGGCUGAUGAUAGCUGCCACAGACCCAUUUAUGGGAUCCAUGGGGCCAAAUGCCACAGAAAGUCCAUUGUGGGGACUGACACUGCAGCUCGGAUGGAUGCUAACCUCAGGUCGUCUCGCUGACCCAACUGGUGCUACAACCUGCGGCCUGCAAACAGGGGAUACUAUGUGUAUUUCUACUCAGAGCUGGUGGGCUUGUGUGAACUACUUUACCUCUGUACUGCCCUUCCUGUCUGCUGCACAGCAGGGCUUCAUGGGACCAAAUCUUCAGGUCCAGAUGCAGGUACCUGCAGGUGUAGAGGAUUAUUGCACCACAUAUGUUGACUGUACAACUCGCUUCCCUGACGCCAUGGCUAAGUGGGAUGCCUUUUUCCAGGGUCUCAAGGCUGCAGCUGAGUCUCCUCUCCCUGACAAUGAGAAGAAAGACUCUCUCCUCGGUCUCUACUGGGAGGCCCAAAUGGCUUCAACUUAUGCUUCUUCUGCAUGCAAAGCCAGACAGAGCCACUACUCCUCUGAAGAGGUGUCGUUUGCCGAGAGCUGGCUGAACUCGGCCGAGUACGUUUCUGCGGCACAUUUCCAAUCCAGUUUGGAAAGAGCUGCAAUGUUCCUAACCCCUCUCCCAAGUCGUAUUUUAAAGGCUGGCGACAGUGCGCCUAACAUAGAGGAUCUGAGUAUCGAGGAGAACCACUCACUAUAUGUCUUCGGCUGGAUGAGAACCAUCAACAGUGUACUGGGUGGGUCAAUGGUGAGAAUGUGGAAAAAUGCCAUGUGUUCAGUGGACAAAAGAGAGAACGGCAGAGAUAUGCUGGAGCAGCUCAUGCUGAAUCCCAGCUUCGCCACCACCACUUUCCUGGGCAUCGUCACUGGAAUGUCUACAGGCUGCUGAGAUAAACACACACUCACAAACAGAGAGAUAUAGCAACCCAAGUAGUCAAUUUCAGGUCUGAAAAUUAGAGUCAAAGGUGAAAUAAUCUCAUUUGUUUCGCCUUUGUUCUCGUCACUCUUGUGAAUAUGUGUGCCCCAAUAAAGCACAAAAGAAACACUCA